UCCUCGCCAUGUGCAGCGUCUCAGGACUGCGCUCGCUGCUGUGUGAGGUGGUUUUCAGACCCGCGGGACCCAGACUCAGGGCGGCAGGACGCAGGCAGGGGGCCGGACCGGACGGCGGACGCAAAGCAGAGUCAGGGCUCGCCCUGGUGCAGUGGCUGAGCUCGCCUGUGGAGGGCGCCGAGUCGUGCUCUCUUCAGGUCCUGCAGCUGCUGAAUGAGCUGCUGGAGGAGGCGUUGGGAGCAGAGAGUGUGUCUGAAUGUGUGCUGAGCUUCGUAGAAAUGUUGCUUCCUGUUCUGCUGGGGCUGCUGAGGGGCCUCGAUGCUUCGCAGGGCGACGCUCACCUCAGAAAACACUGCCACCGCAUCACACACGUCAGCAGCCUGCUGCUCAUCCUGUGUGCUGAGGACUUCACCAGAUCUUUGGUGUCUCGUCAGGUGAGCGCUCAGCUCUGCCUCUCGCAGGUCGAGUCCCUCCUCUCCUGGUUUCACAGCAACAGCCCCCUCACCUGCCAUCCUCCAGGCUCCGACAACGAUCUCAGUCAGGUGUGUGCAGAAGCUCUGCUGACGACUCUGGAGUUAAUGAGCAAACUGAGACAACAGGUGAAGGACAUGGAGACCGGCUUCUACAGGAUGUUACAGGACCAGAGGAUCGUGGCGCCGCUCUCUCUGUCCCUGACGUCCCACCACAGAGAGCGAGUGCAGACCGGACUCUCUCUGUUGUUUGAAGCCGCGCCCCUCCCUGACUUCCCGUCUCUGGUGUGAGUCACUCGUGGAAAACAACACAUAUGUCACCAAAUCUCUAAUCCUGUAAUAUACAGGACACUCUCACCUCUGGCAUGUCUCUAAAAUUCCUGAAACAAUCAGGGAGAGAUUUUUUUAACAGUUCAUAACUCAUGUUUAUAAAACUUUAAAUGAGUGAAGAAAACACAUUGAUUAACUCUUUGUAACUUGAGCAAAUUGGCUUGAUUUCUUACAAAAGCAUGGCAAGAAGGCAAUAAGUAAGUUUUCAAUGCAUGGCCCAAAAAUGAGCA